AUGAUCCCGAGGACGUUGCUGAUCUGCGCUGUGGUCGGAGCCGCGUUGUGCAUGCCGUCGUACGACGAGAAGUCGCACAAGGGCGAGUACGAGGCGAAGAAGUAUUCUUCCGAGGGAGCACAUCACGAUGGGCAAGAGUACGGCUCCGAGAAGGCCGGCAAGGAGGGCGAGCAUGGAAAAUACGACAAGUACGACCAGGCCCACCACCACGCCUCCAAGGCCGAGGAGGGCGAGAAGAAGAAGCACGAGGAGCACCCCCAGUACCACAUGGAGCAGUUCCACCAGGACGAGAAGCACGGCAAGAAGUACGGAGCCGACUCGCACGACUACGGCAAGGAACACUACGGCGAUGGAAAGUACGACAACAAGGGAUACAGCAAAUAUGGUAAGUACUACGCUCAGGACGGUGGUGAUCACUCCGACUACGCCAAGGAGAAUCACGGACAUGAUGGACACUACAGCCAGUACGACAAGGGACAGAAAUCCGACAACGCCGGCUACUACAACCAAGGACACGCCGCUCACGGAUCUGAGUACGACCACCACAAGGAACAGCCCCAAUACUACGAGCCCCACUACAGCCACUACGAGCCCCAGCACUACGGCGGAGGACACUACGAGCCUCAGUACGGUGGCCACGAUGACCAUCAUCAGGAGCACUACGAGCCCCAUUACUACUCUCCCUACGAGUAUGGACACCAU